GGCGGAGAGGAGACGGCACCGCCUUGCGCUGAUGACGCUCGCCAUCGGGAGACAUUUGGACAUCCUUCAGCCUAUAUGCAACCCAUACACAGACCAACAAAUGGUGCGCCGUAGCUGGGGGGGAUGAAGCGCAGCCUGUGAACCUUGGAGUUACGGACAUGUUUCGGUCGCUGUAGCGCCUCUGCUUCGCCGCAGCUGGAGAACAAACCACUCGGUAUCAUCUGUUGAUCGGAUCGGGAGACAAUUAAGCGCAAUAACCAUGAGCCGCCGCGGUCACACUUCCAGGUGAGAUUUAAAGAGGGUGAAAUGAUUCCGAAGUCAGGAAAAUCUCCAGCAGACUCCAGGAAAAGUGUCGGCAUCCAUGAAUUUGCGGCGCUUGCCAGAUCAUCACUAAAUGGCAUCUCUCAGGCAGUGAGGGACCAUGUGACAAAACCCACUUCCCUGGCUCAGGGCCGGGUGGCCCACCUCAUAGAGUGGAAAGGGUGGCCUAAACCUACAGGUCCUCCACCAGGAGCCCACUCCCAGUUCAACUCUUACUGUCGUCUGACUGAAGGGGAGAAGGAGGCUCGGUUUGCUGCAGGAGUGGCUGAGCAAUUCGCCAUCGCUGAGGCCAAGCUGCGUGCUUGGGCAUCUCUAGAUGAUGAUGAUGAGGAUGACUUCAACUAUGAAGAAUCCCACACCAAUGCAGAGACCACCAUGUCCACAGAGAGUCCAGACGCUGCUGUGUCCGAACCCAUCAGUGGAGUGCCAUGCCACCAUGAGACUCAAGGCGUCAAGGUGCCACCAUCUAUCGGCCCCGUAGGCUGGAUCAGCGGCAGUGGCGGCAGCAGCGGCCCUUUCCAGGAGAGGCCUCCUACUAAUAACGACCUACAGAGCGACUCGCCUACUUCCCGCAGCAGCUGCAUGUGUCCAUUCUUGGAGGAAGAUGAAGAACGGCUGAAUGGUCUGGUGGAGCAACAACACAGCGAUGUUUGCUUCCACAGCAAGCCGGAGUGGAGGGCCCGAAACAGGAGCAGCAGGUUUGACUCCUGCUACUCCACCUCUCACUCUGAGUCCCCUGGAGAGGAGGAUGAGGAGGACGAGGAGGAGGAAGGCAGCGUGUUUCAUGAGGUGCGAGUUUGGCACUGCAGCCCCAGAGGCUUCUUCUCUGACCGGAGGUCUUCCGGAGUGGCAUCUUUUGACGAGGAGGAGGAGAGGGAGGAGGUAGAGGAAGAGAAGAAGGAGUAUUUGAUGUGAUGUGUCGUCUCUGUUUAUGUCUUUCUGAGUCGGUGUUGAUUCUGAUAUGACAUAGAUCUAUUCCGAUUACAAUGUGAACCUUCUUUUUCUUUUCUCUCCAUCUCUCCUCCACUGGGAGCUUUUCAUCCCUCACCCCUCCAGGCCUUUCUCUGACCUCCUUUCACAGGUUAUCGCUGCCAUAAAAAAGUAUACAUGUCAGAGAGUUCAAUGGGGACGUAAAGCUGUUGUUCAAACCGAGUUUUGUACAUUUUGGUGAAGAGUCAAUGUGCUGUUCAUUUGUCAGUUUUCUAUGGAUGUUUUGUAGUGUGAUUUAUUUUCCAGGUCAUGCUGUGUCCCAUGGGUUUGAUAUGGAAAGCAUGAGUGUCCUGCAUAUAUAAAUAUAUGAU